AGUGGAACCGGAUAUUUAAGUACAAUGGUUGGCUUAAUUUUAGGUCCUUUUGGAAUAAAUCAUGGGAUUGAGCUUCAUUCAGAUGUGGUGGAAUAUGCCAAGGAAAAGCUGGAGAGCUUCAUCAGAAAUAGUGAUAGCUUUGAUAAGUAAGUAUUCACAUCUGUAGUUUUGGUUGAAAGCACUUGAUUAGUGAUAUGUGUAACACCUGUUUCUCAACACUAUUACUUUAUUAUUGACCCUGAGUUGCUAAUUUGAACACAGCAAAAAUUAAUGUGUUAUACGCGUUAAAGAAAAAAGGUUAGGAAAAUGAUUCUGUAUUAUAAUUUUUGUUAUUUGUAAAUUUAUACAGUAAAUUAUAAGUAAAAUAACCUUUAUAAUUUUAUGUUAUUGUCACUUUAUUAGUAAAGUAAGGCUCGUUCAUUAAACAUCGUACAGGUUUUUUUUUUUUAAUUUUUUUUUUCUGGAGAUACAACUGGUAAAGAUUUUUGUGAUUAGAAUAUUUUUCUGGAACUAGUUUUAUACUUUUGGGUUAGUAAUUUAAUAGCUUUUCCCUCUUUGUAAUAUAAGAGCGACACGUUAGCAUGAGAAGGACUUUUUAAAAAAAACAUUGUUACUUUGUAAUAUACCCAAAUAAAAUUAACAUAGAAAUACAUUGAUCUAUCUUGUGAUAGGAUUGUGUUUGAUAACUCUUUUUAUAAAUCCAUUGCUUUAAAAUUAGAAUCUGCUUUCCCUUGGAAAAAAUACUGCACGGGGUUUGAUCCUUGUGCUGGCAGGGAAAAUCUAUUUAGUGCAUAAUGUUACUAAAAUUCAGUAUUUGAUAGUACUGUGAGCAGGGGCUCUUUGGCCAAAAUCCAUGUACCCCAUGAAAUUAUGUAAAAUUUGGAGGAUUACAGCUCUCAUUUUUCUGUACAACUGUCAUAUUUUCAAAGGGAGAAAGCCUUAGCAAGGCUAGGAGUCACAGGUUUAGAACGUAAUCACUUUACGUAACAAAGUUUUAGUGCAAAACACAUUCAGACUUCCAAUUUGGCUUGCUGGGAGUGGGCCCUCAAUCUUCUGCAGGCCCUGGCCAUGGACCCUCAAGGUGAGACCCUGGGGGCAGUUGGAAUCAGAGCUGAGGGUUUCCUCUGGAGAGAGUAGCACCAAGACAGAGAAGCUAAGAAGGCCCUGUUAAUGUCUGUGGGCACAUAUUUUCCUUUCUCCUUCCCUUUCUUUGCCCAUCCUCUCCCUCUUUUCUCCCUUUCAAUCUUUGCCAUUGCCAGUUCUCUUGCAAACUGACACUUGAAUGGUUGUAGAACAGAAUACUAGCGUGCUGCUGGGAAAGAGGAGGCAGCCACGGCCCCAGUGCUAUAGGGAGAAGGGAAGGUCUCCUGUCUACCUAGGUAGUUUUGUAAUUGGUUUAUGAAGGACCACCGUGGAUUUGAGCAAGUCACUUGAAUUUUCUGCAUCAAUUUGCUGAAUGCCUACCAUUAUCUUAUAUACUUUUCUUUAGAAAAACAUAACAUAUAAUUCAGAUUUUGUAGCAUUUUUCAAGUGCUUACCGUGUUGGCUCAUGUUAUAUUUCCAGUAAUAACAUGUUGUUUGUUACACAUAAAAUAGUUUUUAGCCCAAAUUAUUAAUAAAAAAUUUGAGAUUCAGUGUUUACAUCCUUUUAUGUCUGUUGUUUCUCUCUUGUCUUGUGAUUUGUAGUAUGGUGAGUACUUAAAAUAUGGACAUGGGUAUUUCUUAUAUAGUUUACUGGAACAAUAGAGUUUUGUUGAAUUUAUUGAAUUGCUUGUAAGUGUUUUGAUGUUGAAACUUAAUGUACACAUAGAGAUCUUCUGAAUACUUAAAUUUAGGAAAUGUAAAAGUAAUACUAGUAAAAGCAGAUGUUUAGGGUCUAUUGUAAGAUCUAUUAUAUAUUAGGUAUUAACACAUUUAAUGUUAUAAUUCCCUGAAAACACACAAAAUGCAGUUUGAGUCAUUAACUUGGACAGCACAAACUCAAAGAAGCAUCUUGACUCGCUGAAGUAUCUAUAUGUCAUUAUUUAAGGCAUUGCUGUAUUGAUAUAAAUAUUAAACAGUUCAUAAAACAAAUCAGUUUGAAUUCUAUAUGUAUUUGUCUCACUUUUAAAAAUUUUUCUAAGUUUGUUUACAUGUAAUUGUAAAAUGAUCGAAAUUUCUUGCAUUUCUUGAGUUUUCUUUUGUUAUUAAUGUUUUAUUCAGGUUUGUUAUUCAUGAAAUGAUGGAUCAUAAAUUAUACUGAUAUGACUGAUCUAAAUAUAAUUUUAAUAGUCUUGUUAUUUUAAUAAUCUUACAGUAAUCAGACUUUAUAAUAUAGUUGUUACUGAAGUUUAUAACUUAUUUUUGAAACAGAUUCUUAUAUUAAUAAACUAGUCUGAAAAAAUUAGUUCUAGAAAUUUAUUCUAGUUUUCAAGUAAUGUCCAGAAAUAUUACUGUUAGUAUGUUUCAGAUUAUAAAAUAGCUUGCCCACAAGAGUAGUAGGUACUGGGGAAAUGGUUUUUUUGCAUAAAGUAGUGAAUGCUUGUAAGUUUAGUAAUCAGAGUUGACAACAGGUCAUGCAGUGGUUCUUUUCUGGUCUUUUUAUAUCAUUUGGUUUUGUGGUAGAAAUUAGGCAGAUACAGUGUUUCUCUUCCUAGCCAACUUGUGUUUUCAUGAUUUCUUUGCAAUUUUUCUUGAUGCUUUGCAGUUUUUCUUGAUGCUUUUUUUUCUACUUAGAUUCAGUUUUCUUAAGUGAAUUAAGAGAAAAACUGGCAAAUGGUGGGCAAAGUGAUUUUUAAAUCCCAUUUCCCAGCCAUUUCAUUAUAUUUAAUUGUGUAUGACUCAGUAAAAUACAUAUUUUAAUUAACAAAAUAUUAAUAACUCGGGAAAAUUAAUUGCUGUUCAUGUAUUCCUUGACGCCAGGUUAUCCUUGAUUAUGUGUAACAUGGAGACAAAUAGUUAAAACCUGAUAGAUACGCCUCAAAACUUAUUUAUCAUAUUGGUUUGGAUCUUUGUUUUAAUCAGGCCUUUUUUCAAAAGUAUUGUUAUAUCAUUUAUGAUUUGAACUGCAUAUUUGAAAUUUUCUUACAUAAAUCUAUUGAAGAUCAUAGUGAACUCCGAAAUAAGACUAAGAAAACAAACAAAAACCCUUGUUGCCAUCAAGUUGAUUCUGACUCAUACUGACCCUAUAGGACAGAGUAAAACUGUACCAUAGGAUUUCCAAGGAGUGGCUAGUGGAUUCAAACUGCCAACCUUUUGGUUAGUAGUUGUAGGUCUUAACCACUUCGCCACCAGGGCUCCCCCAAAUAAGGCAGUAGGUGGGAAAAAUUAAUAAACUAAUCAAUAUCUGAAUAUAUAAUGUAAGAUGACCUUUUAAACAAUACAAAUGUGUGGUUUUGUAUGUGUAUAAAACAUGGGUCCUGAGUCUUGAAAUUAGUGUUUCUUUUUUAGAAAGUAUCCUUAUUAUAAUGCACAUAUUUUUAAACUUUCUAUAUUAUAGUCCUGUACCAGUAAAUGAAAUAAUUUGGAGAGACUACACUGAAUUUACUGCAUUUGGAGAUAGGAGGGAAGGGGAUGCCCUAAUGUUUGCUUUACUGCCUUGAUAUCUGUGGUAUUCCCAAAUCAUAGUGAAAUUGCCUUUUAAAACUGAUAGCUGAUUUCAUGGGCCCUCUAAAACAUUGUCAGACUUUUUCCAUAAAGGGCCAGAUUGUAAAUAUUUUUUGUAAGUUAAAUGGUCUCUGUCACAACACUCUACUCUCAUAGUGUGAAAGCAGCCACAGACGAUACAUAAAUGAAUGGGCAUGGUGUGGUCCAAUAGAGCUUUAUUUACAAAAGCAGGUGGCGAGCUGGACUUGGCCCAUGGGCCAUAGUUUGCUGACCUCUGUUCUGCUCUUCACAAAAGCUCUCCAAAAUAUCUUUAUUUUAGGCCACUCUGAUCCAGACAGGAGAUUGGAAAAGGUCAAAUUGUAUGAAUCAGUAUUUGUGCAUGUUCAGUAAGCAAAAGAAUCUCUCAAGCUAAUUUGGAAGAGGGUGUCAAUUAAAGGAGCCUGUAUUGUAAACUUUUUCCUGUAAAUACCCUGAAAAUGAGUCAGUAAUUAAUAUAGCAUUUAUUUAUAGCUAUAUUUAUGUAUUUAUUCAAUAUAUAUACACAUAUGUAGUUGACUUAGCCCUGUAGGAUGCAUGCUUUGGAGUGUGUCAUUUCAGAGAAAGGAAUUCCUAGAUCUGGCAGUGAUUUUGGAAAUGUUCUGUUAUCGAUAGCCUAAUGAGUGCUGUGUAAUCUGAUUUAUUGGGGAUUUUCUUUCUACAUGAAUGGAGUGUCAUUGUUUCUGUAUAGUUUCUGUAUAGUCUGUCAUAUAGAUGGGUCAUGAUAUAAGUGAGGAAAACAUCAAUGAGAGGAUAAAAAAUAUUAGUACCUAAUAUGUAUUAUCUAUUCAGUGAGUACCAUGUACCGUUUUAUGUGUUUUAUCCACAGCCCUAGAGGUGAUAUUGGUGUCCACAUUUCCUAGUGUGAAAAUUGAGGGUUAGAGAGAGAGAUCGUAACCUGAGCUGGCUAGUCUUUUUACUUGGGUCUGAUUUGGCUAUGAUGAUGGACACAUUGAUUUAUUCUAAUAUUUCUUCCCAUAGAAGUAAGCUACAAGUGAAUUUCAACCUGGCACCUUAGCUCCAGAUAUGAAAGUUGAAGCAGCACUUUUAUGUUUAUAAUUUAUUUCCUUCAGGUUGUAGUUAAGGAGUGCUGUCACAGUGGUUAAGGGCAAUAUAGCAUUUUUAUUUGAAGAGUGCUCCUACCCUGUUCUUUAAAGAGACUUACCUGACAUGAAUUAUUGCUGGGGCAGGGGUGGGUGGAAGAGACAAUGCAUUCCUCUAAUUUAGUUUCAAAUUAAAUUCAGAGUUAAAAUAGUUUUUUGUAUUUUAGAAGAUUUUAUUGAUUUAUGGCAAUGUCUGGUUUCCUUGUUUAAAAAAAAAUUGGUUUAUUAUUUUCCACAUGUGAUUCUUUUCCACUGGAAAAAUUAAAUGUCAACUUUAUAAGUAGAGUAGCCCUGCUGCAUCUUUAAGAAAAUUAUGGUAUAAUUGUUUUGCAUAUAUAGUUUUGCUGUAUGUAAUUCAUUAUAUAUUGAACAUUAUUGAAAAAUAUGUGUCAAAUAUUUGAACAUUAUAAUACAGUAAUAAUGUUCAGAAGGUAGUGUUAUAACAAUUUUCACAGGCUGUAAACACAUUUUUUACUCAUUGCAAGUAUUCAGGUGUUGGGACUGAAAUCUUCAGAAAUAGUCAUGGGGAAAAGUUUGAUGGUUUCAGGUACAUUUUUAGAAGAAAUUAUUGUUGAAAUACAUGAAGGCUCACUUCUUUUAUAUGACUUUCUAUCACAUUUCCUAUGAAAAUGUUUAGAGAUUUUUUUUGGGAAGGGGUCCUAAGGAUUUCUUCUAAAUCUUCAUUCAAUGAAAAACCAAUGUAUUUACUCUUAACACUUUGCUUUGAAUAGCGUUUGACUUAUUUUUAGAUGAGUUUGGUUGCAGUUGGAAGGGAAAACACUUGAAAAGGUAAAGUCUUUUUUUAUUGUUUUAAUUCAAUAGCUUAAUUAUUGGUUAUAAGAGUUUGAAAGGUAUAAGUACAUUUGGUGGUUAAGAGAUCUCCAACUCAUUUCCCUUUAUUCUCUUCCCUAAGGAAAGUUCUAAAGUUCUGUCUUGUUUUAACAAAGGUCAUAGCUCUUAAAACUCACAAUGCAUAUUAUGACACAAUGUUUUAAGAAAAAGAAAUUUCUGUGAUUCAUUUGGCGGGUUGUUUUGGAUGAGGUAUGAGAACCAGGUGGGAUUCUUCCCCAUGUCCUUGAAAGUCCUUUAUUCCAUUGGAAUAAAUGUUCAAAAUUUCAAUGACAGCAUCCUGUGGCACAUGAUUAACUAGGUUUACAAAUUAUCAGCCCCCACUUCCACAGUGUAUUGAAGGGGAAUGUUGUUUUUUCUACUCUCAGUCAGCUCCUAGACCUAGACUAUCCGUCUAAGAGGGAAGCUGCAGGGCAAGGCUAGGUCACCCUGAUCUCCUAGCAGCUUAUCAAAAGAAUUAUAUGGGCAAGUUGGCAAGGUCCCUGCUGUGAACGAAGGCAUCUGUCCACCUCAAGAUGAAGAUACUCCAGCAUGCAUCUUUAAAGAUCCACUGUUAAGAUUUGAGUUCUGUGAACCUGCAUUUGUGGUUGGCAAUUGCCUCCAGAUAGCCUCUGACAGUCAUCAGUAUGAUCGAAUUUAUUGUGGAGCUGGAGUGCAAAAAGACCACGAAAACUACAUGAAAAUAUUGCUAAAAGUUGGAGGCAUUCUAGUCAUGCCUAUAGAGGAUCAGUUAACACAGAUUAUGCGAACUGGACAAAACACUUGGGAAAGUAAAAAUAUUCUUGCUGUUUCAUUUGCUCCACUUGUGCAGCCAAGUAAGAAUGAUAAUGGCAAACCACAUUCGGUGGGACUCCCCCCGUGUGCUGUCAGGAACCUACAGGACUUGGCUCGCAUUUACAUCCGCCGCACACUUAGAAAUUUCAUCAAUGACGAGAUGCAGGCCAAGGGUCUUCCUACCAGAGCUCCCCCGAAAAGAAAAAGAAAGAGAGUUAAACAGAGAAUUAACACGUAUGUGUUUGUGGGUAAUCAGCUCAUUCCACAGCCUCUAGACAGUGAGGAGGAUGAAAAAAUGGAAGAAGAUAACAAACAAGAGGAGGAGAAAGAUCACAGGGAAGCCAUGAAGCCAGAAGAGCCUCCUCAAAAUCUGCUGAGAGAAAAAAUCAUGAAGUUGCCUCUCCCUGAAUCUUUAAAAGCUUACUUGACAUAUUUUAGAGAAAAAUAACUUAGGCCAAGAGGAGGGAAUGCCUCCUAGUUCUCUAGUCUUGAAAAUGUAGCAUUUGUUAGGAGUUAAAAGAGAGUAUUUCUUUCAUCAGAGCAAACUAUAGUGGAAAAAAAGUAUAACUUGUUUUGUCUUAGUAACAAAAAUGAUGUAUUUGGUGAUUAAGAAGAAUCCCUUUUAUAAAGUCUAUUUUUCUUUAAAUCUUGGGAAAAUACUGUUUUAACUCAGUGAUUUCAAAGUGGAAUGCAAUAGUCAAGACUUUGUGUACUGUAAAUCUUUUUCUGAUUCCCUACAGAUUUGUAGUGGUGAGGGUUAAAUUUAAUUUUAUAUAAGAUUAAAUGAUUGUUAAGCAUACAUAAUCUGAUUUGACUUAUAGUUGUUUGCAUUUCCUCUAGCAAAACUUUCUUAUCUAAUAAGGAAAUCAAACGCUUUGUAGACCUAUUUACCUUAAAUUUGUUGCAGUCACUAUUGCUGAGUUGCUAUAGAUAUAUUCAGGGCAAUAUAUGAGUGCAAUAACAAUACAGAUAUUGAAUAAUUUAGCUUUAAAAAAAAAUUUCAUGGAAUUCAACAGCCCUGCUACUUUUGCUUUUGAACCUGUUGCCAAAAGAUACGGGGAAAAUAACUGCUUCUCUCAUAGAGAUUCUAAGAGCACAUCAAGUGAAUAUUAAAAUGAAAAGUACAUACUUAAUAUAGCUCUUAAUUUGUAUGGACUUAGCAUUUUCAGUAUUUAUAAAUAAUGAAAUUAUCUUACUCUCUGGAGUUUUGAAAGAUAGUCUAUUUAGGAUUGUUUUUCUGUAGUCUACUGUGUAAAGUGUUUAGUUGAAGCACCGUCGUUCUGUGUUACUCUCUUAUAGGCACAGACCGGGAGUGGGCAGCUCUAAGUAGCAGGGCCCAGUGCAUUUGUUCAGCAGAUACACUUUAGCAAAUGCAACUUCUGUUUCAUCUGAAUAUUUAUCUUUGACAAGGUAGGGCUGAGCAGGCUACCAUUUGCUUUGGUAUUCUUCUUUCUAGUAUAAGAAAUAGUCACAGGAAUUGUUUGUAGGUGUCUUUUGGUUUGAAAAUCAGCUUAGAAUCAUAGUGUAAUCUUUGGGAUCUACACUGGGCUCAUUUAACUUCUUUCCAUGCUUUCUUAAGUUUCUUUCGGUAAGAUUAUAAUGGUUUUCAUUUUUUGCUUAAUAUCACAUACUUAAAUUGUCCAUCAUUUGAAUUUUAGUUGUAGCUUUUCAAUAACAAAACAGGUAGUAAAUGCUAUUAUUAGUUUCCUUUUUUUUUUUUUUUUCUGGGUAGGGCCUGAAAACAGUCAUUACUUGUGAAGAAAGUGUACACUGUAACACAUUUACUACUUAGAGUUACAUGGAUUAUAUAUGUUUUAAAAGGAAAAAUAUGAGAAUAUCACUUACUACCACCAGCAUCGUUGUUACAAUGCUUGAUCACAUUUGCUUAAGGAAACCCAAUCAAUAGUGAAAGGAUUAUUAUCUCUGCAAAAUUCAAAUAUUGGCAAUGCUUGGGUGAUUUUAAAGCUCUCAACUGUAGUAAUUCCACACAUAUAAAAACAAAUAUUUGAAGUAUUCUAAGCAUCAGCUCUUCCAAGUAAAUGAGGAUAUUUAAGUAAUGUGAAAAAUUAAUUCAUGGAAGGUAUUUGUUUUGUAACAAUGCUGAGGGGUGGGAAAUCUCCACAGAUCUUUUAGAUGACUAAUAAGCUAUUAUUGUUAAGAAAUGUCCCAUCUUAUUUCUAUCGAGAAAAGAAAAGAAAGUAAUUUAGUUUGUUUCACUUUAUUCUAACAGUGGUCGUCUGUUAGAGACGUUCAUUUUAUUUUAAUUUAUAAGUUUGUUUUAGAAGUUUAAUCUUGAAUUCCUGUUGCCCACGUAUGUUUGUCUAGAAAACCUGGGGACUUCACAUCUUAACUGCCCACCCCCCCCAUUUUUUUUGUGUUGCAACGGGUGUCCAGAUAUGUAAAGUAUAUAUUCUUAAAUGAUGACUUUACUAUUUAGGAGAGAGUUUUUGUUAAGGAUGUAUUUGAAGAUUGACUUUUUCAUAUCAUCUUUCAUUCUGUUGACCUUGGCAAAAUGUACAGUAGAUAUUAAUGAUCAUUGCAUAUUUUUUGUCAUUGAAAUGUAUCUUGUGUUUUCACCUGCAUUCAUUUUACAGUUGUGACUUUAUUAUUGACUUUAAAUAAAGAGGUAGAAAUGAAAAUUCAAGUGAAAGCCCUUUUAUAUAUUAGUGGGACAUAGAAAAACUAUUUUGGGCCUGUGUUUAAUUUUUAAUGAUUCCAUGUUUACUUGAGCAUGGGAAAUUAUGCUUUAUAGGUAGAGAAAUGGCAAAUAAAGAUGAAGUAAAGUUAAGUUAAAAUUAUGGGAAAUAAAGUUUUGGAUUUUACAGCCAGGUAGAACAAUAGAAAUCACCUAAUCCAGGCCUUUAUUUUGCAGAUGAGAAGGUAGGCCUAGAGAAUUACAUGGUAUGCCCAAGUCAUACAGCUAGUUGGGGACAGGACCUGCAGCAGCAGCUGAGUCCCAAAGAUCCGUCAGCGGCACUAUAGCUACUAACAAGAAGGUAAUUUCAGUUAGUCUGCUUAUUGGUCGAGGUUUUUGGUCAUAGUAUUAAUAAAGAAAAAAACAUAUAUUCAGGUUAAAAUAAAAUACAAAAAGUGUUAAUUGUUGCUUUCUGCUGUCUGAAUUGAUAAAAGUUUAGCAAGGCCUGCUAUAUCAUGGAAAGCUUUGGAAAAUUAUAUUAAAUAAACAGUUGCAUGCAAUUAAGCAUCAUUCUCUAAUGACCUGGCUUUUUCUUUUCUUCUUCUUUUUUUUUUAAUUUAGGUAGUCUCAAUACACCUAUGGGUAUAUCCUGAAUUUAGGUAUAUGGUCUGUAUUUGGACAUCUCACUUCCUUUUCAUAUUAACACUUCUGAACUGUGUUAGUUUUUUUUAAAUUAUUAAGUACUAAGUAGAUAUGAAAGAAUAUUUAUAAACUUUAUGAAAAGUACAAAGAAUAAGAAGGCUGUGUACAUGUAGGUACAUGAAUGUAGGUACAGCAUUACCUCGACCUGUGUGCCUGUUCCCAAACUCAUCUUAAUCCCUCCCUUCUCAGGAUAACCCUUUUGUGUUCAUUAUUACCUUACUUUUUGCUGUAUGUAUUUUUUUGUCUCUGAGAAGUAUGUCAUUUGGUUUUAUACUUGUUUAACUUUGUAUAAGUAGGAUCUUACUGUGUGCAUUCUUCUGCAAUUCUGUUUUUCAUUCCACAUUACCUUUCAGAGAUUGAGCCAUGUUAUAUAGGUUACCUUUACUGAGUGAAUACAUAACACUUUAGUCAUUCUGUGAUGUGCAUUUGUUCCUUCAGACUGGUCAGUUGUGGACAUUCUCCCACCUGUGUCACGGAUAUACCUGUACCGGAUCUUCCUAGAUCGUGUAUGUAGUAGUAGAAUUACUGAGUCGUAAAAUAUGUUUAUAUUUAACUUUCCUAGAUGGUACAGAACUGUUUCCCAAAAUUGUGUAACAAUGUAUGUUCCUUCCAGCAGUGUUUAAAUGUUCCAGUUAUUCCACAUCCACACCUACACUUGAUAUUAGUGAUUUUUGCCAAUUUGGGAGUGUGAAAUGAUAUAGGGACGUUGUUACUUAUUAAGCAGGUUUUUCAAAUCUUUUCCAGUGUUUACUGAUUUUUGGUUUCUUUUGUGUAAACUUCCCAUUCAAGUCAUUUGUAAAUUUUUCAUUGGGUAGUUUCUUUCUAAAAAUUGAUUAUGUAGUUCUGGAUUUUAAUCCAUUAUCAAUUAUGUGUGUUGCAAAUAUCUUUUCUCAGUUUGCGGUUUCCAUUGUUCUUUUUAUGGUGUUUUUCAUGUUUUCAUUUUUAUUGUGUUAAGUUCAUCUUCUUUCACCCCCUCAAUUCCAAGGUCAUGAAAAUAUUGUCUAUAUUUUAUUCCAAAAGCCCUAUUAUUUUUGCCUUUCACGUUUAGGUCUGAAAUACACCUUAAAUUGAUCUUUGUCUAUGGUGAGAAAUAGUGGGCCAGUUUCUUUCUUUUUUUUCCUCCCCUUUGUUGAUAAUCAGUUGGUCCAGCACCAUUUUCUAAGAAGUUCCCUUUUCUUCCUCUGAUCUGUCAUAUAUUAAGUUUUCAUAUGUUUGUGGCUGUGUGUCUAGGCUUUCUUUUCUAUUUUAUUAGUCAAGUUUGUAUCCCUAUGCUAACAACAUACCGUUUUACUCAUUGUACAUUUACAGCAAUUCUUCAUCUUGAUCUGGUAAGACAGGUCCCUUUGAUUUAUAUUUCAGAAGUUUCUUGACUCUUCUUGGACUUUUAGACUUUCACAGAAAUUUUAGAGUCAGCUUAGUCAGCUUCUCAGCUUAUACACACACACAUACACAAAUUCUUCUGGGAUUUCCUUUGGAAUCACAUUGAACUUACAAAUCAGUUGUGGGAGAAUUGACGUAUAUUUAUUGUAGAUAUUUUACGUUUUUCAAUGCUUCUAUAUUCUGUUUUUUGAAAUUUUUCUUUUGGUUUUUGUACAUUGUUUAAAUCUAACACUAUUUUUUGAUUCUUUUGGGUUUUCUACAUAAACAAUCAUAUCUUUAAAUAAAGACAGUUUUAUUUCCUACUUUGGGUUUUAUUAUUUUGCCAAAUGUGCUGGUUGAAGCUUCCAACACAAUGCUGAAUAGAAGUAAUGGAAGCAAACAGACUUUCUUAUUUUUUGUUUUAUUACCCUUAUAUGGUCAUUUUUUAAAAUAAAUGGCCUGGCAUGCUUGAAAAAAUAUAUAUAUGUAUAGUGGUUGUUCAGUGUAACAUUCUACAAAUAUCAGUUGAAUAAAGUUUCUUUUUUUAAUAGACUUUAUUAUUUUUUAGAGCAGUUUUGGUUUACAAAAAAUUGUACAAAAAAUAGAGCUUUCAUAUGUCCCCACUUCCCCCCACACACAGUGUCUCCUAUUGUUAGCAUCUUACAUUUAUGUGGUGCAUUCAUUACAGUUGAACCAAUAUUGAUAACAUUAUUAUUAACUCAAGUCCAUAGCUUACGUUAGGGUUCACUUUUUGUGUUGUACAGUCCUAUGGGUUUUGACAAAUUGUGUCCACCAUUAUCGUAUCAUACAGAAUAUUUCCACUGCCCCCAAAAUG